UGUCAUUAGAUCUGGAACCAUGCCCAGUGCCGUAUCUGCAUGGAUGAGGAAAGUCAAUUGGCAGAAAGGUGAUGCACUGGAACCAGAGAGCUAUAAACAUUUGCUCGGCACGACUACAGCCGUUGUACAUGCUGUGGGCACCUUACUCGAAGAUCAAACAUACAAGAGCUACAUCAAACCUAGUGCCAGCACAUCGGGUGCUUCUAAAAACGUGAAAUAUGAAGUCGUGAAUCGUGACACAGCCGACAAGGCAGCUGCUGCCGCCAGUGAACACAAGAACGUUGAGACCUUUGUGUAUAUCUCAGCCGACUCUGCGCCGCCUUUUGUCGAUAAGAGGUAUAUUAGUACUAAACGAGAAGCUGAGCAACUGAUCAAGGCUCACCCAGAGUACAAAACGGUCAUUCUUCGACCAGGAUUUCUUUUCGAUGACUCUGACAUGACGACAUCAGCGAUGGCGCUCGGAAUAAAGUCUUUAGGUUGUAUAAGUUCCAGAUUAGGCGUGGCACGCACUUUAACCCCGCCACCCCCUGUAAGCGUAUCGAUCUUGGCUCAAGCUACUGUACAAGCCGUGCUAAAGGGUGACUGCGAAGGCACAUUCGGACCUGAAGACAUACCGAAACUCGCGCAGCAAGCCAAUUAAAUGUAGAGAGCAACAUAAUUUGAUGUACACGAACUGAGAUUGAGUAUCAUGUUGUUGAUGUCACAUUAAUAAAUAGGUGUUGC